AUGGCAUUCAAAAAGUUAAUAUUUAUUACAGCAUUUUACAGUUUAAUCAAUUAUUUAACAAAUGAUGGUAAAUGCACAUGUCAAUCAUUUAAUAACCCUCUUGUACAGCCACAUUUUGAAAUGGAAGACGAAUAUCAAACAUUUGGAGAAAAUGAUAUAAAAGCGGAAACAGAGCCUGUACCAGAUGAUGGAAAUGUAAACAAUGGUGGAAAUAAUUUUAACAAUUAUAAUGGAAAUGAUGAUGGGGAUGAUGGGGAUGAUGAUGAUGAUGAUGAUGAUGACGAUGAUGAAAUAAUUAACAAUGAUGAUGAUGAUGAAAUAAUUAAUAAUAAUGAUGAUGAUGAAGAUAAUGAAAAAAAAAAAUAA